AUGGGCGAAGGUGGGCUGCGGAUCCACGGGUGGGCAAAGACACUGGAUCUCCAACCGGAUUCCCCUCAACAUUCGCUUAGUGAAAUCUCCUCCGUCGUCACCAAUAACAGCAACAACGGUAACGUGUGCAUGGAGGCCGAUGCAGAAGUCCUAGACGAUUUCCCUGAAGUUGAUGAAAAUUUCUCCUGGUCAGAGGUGCUCUCUGAUGAAAAUUCCGGCAGCACCAGCGAUUUUCCUGCAGUCACAGCGGAGGAACAACUUAAAUUUCCUUUGUCACCUUGUCAUGCCAUGGAAUAUGUGCACGGCUACAAUUCAAGCGUUCAUGAUGGCGUGGACUUUUGGUACAACCUUUUCACAAGAGCUGGGGAAUUACCAGAAUUACCAGAUGUUUGA